UUCCCCAACUUUUUUUUUUCUUAGAAAAUGCAUGCUGGCACCCGUGAUCGUGGGCCCCUUCUCCCAAACCUAAAAAAAAAACCGCCAAACCGCCACUAUUCUGUUUCUUCAAGUAGAAAAGCAGUGACUGUGAGCAAUUUGAAAACUGUAACCACCAAAAAUGGCACUGCAUUCCUGCAACAACCCGAUCAUACUCAUCGUUUAUUGCUUUCUUACGCUUCAUGCUGUCGCCGGAGUUCAAAUCAUCUCCAAAUCAAAGCUUGAGAAAUGCGAGAAGAACUCCGAUUCCGACGACACUCUCAAUUGCUCUACCAAAAUCGUUGUCAACAUGGCUGUUCCCAGUGGCUCGAGUGGAGGAGAGGCUUCGAUCAUUGCAGAAUUGGUGGAGGUUGAGGAAAAUUCCACCACCAAAAUGCAGACAUUGCGGAUUCCACCUGUCAUAACGGUUAACAAAACUUCUGCUUAUGCAUUGUACGAGUUAACAUACAUACGAGAUGUUCCUUAUAAACCUGAGGAGAAUUAUGUUAAGACACGAAAAUGCGAGCCAGAUGCUGGUGCCAAUGUUGUCAAGAUAUGCGAGAGACUGCGGGAUGAAGAUGGUCAUAUCAUUGAGAAUACCCAGCCAAUAUGUUGUCCUUGCGGGCCUCAGCGGCGGACGCCUUCAUCAUGUGGAAACUUUUUUGACAAAUUGACAAAAGGGAAGGCCAACACUGCACAUUGUGUGCGCUUUCCAGGUGAUUGGUUUCAUGUUUUUGGAAUUGGGCGGCGAACAUUGGGUUUUAGUGUUCGAAUACAGGUCAAAAGUGGAACUAAAAUUUCGGAAGUGGUUGUGGGUCCUGAAAACAGAACAGUGACAGCUGAUGAUAAAUUUUUGAGGGUUAAUCUUCUUGGAGAUUUUGUUGGGUAUACGAAUAUACCAUCUUUUGAGGAUUUCUAUCUUGUUGUUCCAAGGCAGAGUGGCCCUGGUCAACCACAGGAUCUGGGUAAAAACAUUUCUAUGUGGAUGUUGCUUGAGAGAGUGAGAUUUACCUUAGAUGGUAUUGAAUGUAACAAAAUCGGUGUCAGUUAUGAAGCUUUCAGUCGACAACCAAACUUUUGCUCUUCACCCUUUUGGUCUUGCUUGCAUAAUCAGUUGUGGAACUUUCGGGAGGCUGACCUGAAUCGAAUGAGUAGGAAUCAGGUGGCACUCUAUGGUUUGGAAGGAAGGUUUGAAAGGAUAAACCAGCAUCCAAAUGCUGGGAGUUUUUCUUUCUCCAUAGGAAUUACAGAGGUUCUUAAUACAAAUCUUGUAAUGGAAUUAAGUGCUGAUGAUAUAGAGUAUGUUUAUCAAAGGAGCCCAGGAAAGAUUUUAAGUGUUAGUGUCCCUACAUUUGAAGCUCUAACUCAAUUUGGAGUUGCUACAAUCACAACUAAGAAUACUGGUGAGGUGGAAGCAUCAUAUGGUUUAACGUUUGAUUGCUCCAAAAAUAUCACUCUGAUGGAGGAGCAAUUUUUAAUAAUGAAACCAAAUGAGAUUACAACCCGAUCAUUCAAAAUCUACCCAAACACUGAUCAAGCUUCAAAAUAUUUCUGUGUAGCCAUAUUGAAGGACUCUGAUUACGGUGAAGUUGAUAGAGCUGAGUGUCAAUUUACUACUACAUCAACUGUUCUCGACAAUGGAACACAGGGGAUGCCUUUUCAACCACCAGAGACCAGUAUAAAUGGUUUCUUUGAUUCAAUUGAAAGCAUAUGGAAUAAACUGUGGACAAGCUUUAUAGAAUUUAUCACAGGAAAAGCGUGCAGACAAAAAUGCUCUGGUUUUUUUGACUUCAAGUGCCACAUACAGUAUGUAUGCCUGACUUGGGUUAUGAUGUUUGGCUUAUUUUUGGCAAUUUUUCCCACAGUGCUUGUGUUAUUAUGGCUUUUGCACCAGAAAGGUCUAUUUGAUCCUCUUUAUGACUGGUGGGAGGACAUCUUUGGUGAUCAUGAACAGUUCAUCAUGGAUCAACGUAAGUUCGAAAUUGACAAGGGACACAGACAUAUUCGGGACGGCAAACAUCAUAGACAAGAACGUGGGAACCCUAACCAUGGUGCUCAACUUAAGCGAAAGACCAGUUAUGAUCACAAGCACAAGCAUUCUAAAAGGAACUCUGAUUAUUUUGAUCAUUUACACCAUGUUCCGAAAGAAAUCCACAAGCAUCAACAUAAAAAGAAUAUGGAUAUUGGGCAGCAUAUUCAUCACAAUCCUGCACAUCACAAACGCAGCAAGGAACAGAACACUUCAAAGGGACUAGUUAGACUGACGAAGCUGAAGCAUGAUAAAGCAAGGCAAAAAGAUUAUGACAGACACGAACAAGUUCCGCUGUAUGAGCCAGAAGCUGAGUAGAGAAUGUUUUAGAUCAACUUUAUACAUUCUUCAUGGAACCGUAGUUAGAUUUGUCCCUUUUCUUUCUUUCUUUUCUAAUAGUCUUCACUCUCCCUUUCUGUUACAGUAGGGGAGUACAAGAAUUGAGGAAGGUAAGUUAUCUAAAGU